AUCACACUAGCCUCAAAACUUGCAAGACAAUUAGAGCCAAUAAUUCAAAAAUUAAGCCAAAUGAUCUUGUUAUCGAAGGCAAAAGAAGUAUGAGCAUAUUAUCAGAAGAACAAUAUUUACCAAAACAAAAAACAUUUAAUCAAAAUUCAGCCAGAUGCUUUAUCCUCAAGUAUCUUCCAUAGAUCAAGCCGGCUAACUACAACUAAACUGAAGUCUGCUCAAAAAUAAAUUUGUAUCUGCUGUUGGUUCCAGAAAUGACUUCCCUUUGAAAAGCUCUCACAAGUCUUGCGAUAAACUACAACUAAGCCAACAUUCCAAAUGUCUCAAAAACCCAAUGACCAAAAAGUCAAAUGAUGAACUCCUCGAGGAAAUACACACUUUGCACGACAAUGGAUAUAGUUAUAUCUCACAAGGAACUCCGCACAAUAAUUUUCAGAGAAUAAAGCAUCAAAGAGCCAGUGUUUUAUCAAAGUUUAAUAAUUUUUAUUAUGCUCACCCUCUUGCAGAUGAUCAAAAAAUGAUGCGAAUGAAAAAUAAUUUCUCACAUGAAACCUCAAUGAGCACAGAAAAAGAUUUAGAAUAUUAUGAAUCAACUAGUGAAUUACUUCAAAACAAUAAGAUAUCAGGAAAUGUCAAACCCUCUAAAUACAAAAGAAACAGUCUUUUAAGCAGACCCUCCAUAUCCAAAAUUGCCAGAAAGUUUAUUGGAAAAUAAAUUGUCCUCAAAGCAAGCAUUCUGAUUGAAACUAUCUAAAUUUGAUAAACUCUUGCAAAGGAAGAAAUAUCAAAAAUCCCACAGUUUUAACACAGUGAGCACAAUAUUCUCACCAAAGAAGGUUCAGACUCAUAUGAAUUAUAACCUGUUUUAUAAUUCACAAGCUAGGAACAAUCGUGCAAGGGCUUUAAGUAAACAAGUUAGUUCAAUAAUCAAAAGAAAACCAAGAGCAAGGUCUCAGAUCUCUAACUUGACUCUCCAAAGUAUAUCCAUUUAUUAUAAAUAGUGGAUGUUUUGGACAAACAUAUCUCACAUGACAAGAUUCGAAUUGCAAAUGCUGUGAAUAUUAUUAAAGGGUAGUAUCUUUGCAUUUAACAUCAGUAGAACACUUGGAAGAGACAUCAUGAUUUCCAAUGAAGACCCGAAUUACAUCCCUCAUAAGACAAACCCCCAAAAUUCUUGUGAAGCCCCUAGAAGCCAAAAGUUUUAACUAUGCUCUUAUGAGGCAUUGUAAAGAUCGAAUAGCUAAUCAGCUAAGAAUAAAAUUACUGAAGAACAAGAUCUAUAAUAUGAGACUGGACAGAGGAAUGAACAUUAACUCUGUGCUUCAAGGAAAUAAAACCUAACUCAGAAUACAUAUCGAUUUGCAACAAAUCCAACAAAAUUGAUAACCAUCGUGAUAGAGACUACCAAAAUACGGAAGAUUCCCAAUCUUCUCAUCAAACAAAAGCCAUACAAGUAAAGCCUUGUUAAAGACUUUAAUUCCAUAAUUUUACUAUC